UUGAAGAAGAGUUCUUGUUUUGUAUCUCAGUUUCUCUCUUUAUGGACAAAUUGAAUUUAAACAAAUACUACGGAGAUCUCAGACUAAUCAAUGGAGGGUAUUUGAAUAUUCACAUCAUAAUUGUAUCAGUGAUUCGGUAGAGAGUAUUGGGUUGUUUGUAAAUAUUUAUUUAAUUAAUUUCUGAGGAGAGGAGGACUGCUGCUGUUCAUGUGAGUGGAGGCGGCUCUUUAAUGCUUCAAUUGGAUGGUAUUCAACCUGGAGACGGUGUGAAGGCUGAAAGUUCCCCCGGACUGACUGGCACACUGACUGGCUCAAUGAUGGAAUUACAAACGUUACAGGAGGCCCUGAAAGUGGAAAUACAAGUCCAUCAGAACCUGGUCACCCAGAUGAAACAGGACCCACAGAAUGCUGAUCUGAAGAAGCAGCUCCACGAACUUCAGGCAAAGAUCACAGCGCUUAGCGAGAAGCAGAAAAAGGUGGUGGAGCAGCUGAGGAAGGACCUGCUGGUGAAACAGGAGCCAGAGGUGACGGUGCAUGUGCCGGCUGCAGACAAACACGUCCUCCAGAUCCCCUCCUCCGCCACUCUGCAGGCCCUGCAGCAGACCACACACACCCAGGCCCUGCAGCAGACCACACACACCCAGGCCCUGCAGCAGAAGACGCUGGCAGUCACCCCAGUCAUCACCACUAAGACUCUACCUUUAGUGCUGAAAGCUGCCACUCCCACAAUGCCUGCCUCUAUCGUGGCGCAGCGCGACGCCACAGUCACUGCCAUCAGCCACACCUCCAAGCCCGGCGUCAUCAACUCCGACAACUCCAACUCCCAGAACACACCUGUCAACUUCCAGGUGGCCAGCAAGUUGACCAAUCAGGGUUCAGAGUCCGUGCGACUGGUGUCAAAGAAUCCAGUUGUGGUCCGGGCGAAGCCCAACAACGUGCCCAUCGCCCCAGCGCCCCCUCCGCCCAUGAUGGCGGCGCUCCAGCUGCUCCAGCGGGGCCCGGUGAUGCUGACCACCAAGCUGAGCCCCUCCUUGCUGCCCUCCAGCGCCGGGCCCAUCCACCAGGUGCGCAUCGUCAAUGGCCAGCCCUGCGCUGCCAAGAGCGGCCAGCCCACGGGCACAUUGACGGGUAUUGUCAUCACGGCCCCGGCAUCGGUGCAGACACUGCAGAUCAGCGGCCUCGCCUCCGACACCAAGACUGUUAAAGCUCGGGGGGGAUUGGGACAGAAGAUGUUGGUGAGCAGGACCCCUCCUCUGUCUCCAGCACCCAGGCUAAAGCGAGAGGACAAUCCUCAGAAACUUGCCUUCAUGGUGUCCCUCGGACUUGUCACCCAUGACCAUUUGGAAGAAAUUCAGAGCAAGAGGCAGGAGCGUAAGCGAAGAACAACGGCGAAUCCGGUGUACAGUGGAGCUGUGUUUGAGCCUGAGAGGAAGAAGAGUGCAGUGACCUACCUAAACACUCCGCUCCACCAGGGCACCAGGAAGAGAGGUCGCCCUCCCAAAUACAGCAGUGUUCCGGAGCUGGGCAGCCACACCCCGACCUCCCCCUCCAGCUGUCUCACUGCCUUCCCGGCCCCCGAGUGGCCCAACACAGAGGGGAGCUUCCCCUUCCAUGUCCACCCCCACAACACUCUCCCCCUGCCCAGCCCCAGCUCUGGGGAUGGAGACAUCCAUGAGGAUUUCUGCACUGUGUGCAGACGCAGUGGACAGUUGCUCAUGUGUGACACAUGCUCACGUGUCUAUCACCUGGACUGCCUGGACCCACCCCUGAAAACCAUUCCUAAAGGCAUGUGGAUCUGUCCCAAAUGUCAAGAGCAGAUAUUGAAAAAAGAAGAUGCAAUUCAAUGGCCAGGAACAUUGGCUAUUGUUCAUUCCUACAUCGCCUAUAAAGAAGCUAAAGAAGAGGAGAAACAAAAGCUAAUGAAGUGGAGUGCUGAGCUGAAACUGGAGCGAGAACAGUUGGAACAAGGGGUCAAACAACUCAGUAACUCCAUAACGAAAUGCAUGGAGACCAAAAACACCAUCAUGUCUCGACAGAACGAAAUGCAAGUUUCGUUGGAGAAGGUCAAACACCUGGUCCGCCUCAUUCAGGCUUUCAAUUUCAGUCAAACCGUGGAGACCGAGGGUACAUGUCCCUUCACAGAGGACAUCGGGGCCAAGGAUGCAAUUGUCCCAGCUGAAAAUGCAUUAGACGCCAUCAACACCGAGGCUGUAGCAGAAGUCAAUAUCCUGUCUGUGGAUGGGGUGAAGGCCGAGGUCACAGCACUGAACAGCACCAAUGUUGAAGCCGGGAAGGAGGAGAUGGUUGUAGCUCAUGUUGCCACAGAGAAGGUAGCAGGAGUCAGUGCUGAGGCUGCAGUUGACAUCUGCGCUGAGCCGGCUGCCGAGGUCAGCACCGUGACUGCAGUGGACAGCAGUGUUGAACCUGUGGCUGAGGUCAAUAACGCUGAGGAAGUGACUGAAGCCACCGCAGUAGUCGUUGCAGAGGACUCUACAGUGGCCACAACCAACGGCACCACUGACCUUGUGUGUACUGACACGAGCAUGGACGAGAGCUGUACUAACAACACUAACACCAACCCUGAGAACAAGGUCACAACCACUAACAGCACAGAGGAGCUGAUAGAAGAGGAACAGGAAGAGAACACAAACAUUGACAACAGCAGCACCAACAACAGCAAAACCUCAGAACCUUCCCUGAAAUCUUUUCCCGCUCUUCUCAACAGUUUGGACAAUAAAGAGUAACGCUCCGUCUCUUGGAUUGAAAACCCCCCCAACAUAAUAAAAAAGACUUUUUGCUUUCACCUUUGAAAGGUGCCUGAAGUUGCCAAUCUAUAUACAUACUUGUUUCCAAUGUAUUGUCAGACUGUGUAAAUAGAAGAUCUACAGCCCGUCUGAGAUUGCUCUUGGAUGCUGUAGGUUAUUAUACCCCAAACAUGGGUGAAAGGGUGGCAUGUAUACCAGUGUCAUGCCAAUUUAAGGAUAGAAAAGAACAGUAGUAAUGGUAAAAGUAAGCUCAUUUGUAACAUCACACCAGUGUGUGCCUGCAACAGUUGCCCUCAGAACUCUCAUGGGGGUUGUUUCUUAGGUUAUCUUCUGUUCCUGGGAUGCAGGUUAGAGAUGUCUAAAGUUAGCGUGCUGAACAGAGACCAUGUUUGUCCGGCAUUAACUGAGAGCAAAAUAAAACCAAAAGAUAAGCAAAAGAGCUGAGGGACAGGGCUUUGAAAAAGUGUCAGUAUUUGUUAACAGUGGGGAAACAUUGAGGUGUUUGAUCGUCAUUGAAAAUCAAACAGGUAAAACAGGAGAGCCUUCAGUUAGCUCAAUACCUUCCUCCCCUUUCCCCAUUCUCACUCUUACAUGACCAAUAACUAUGGACCCAUUUACACAAAACCUCAGGCAAAAAAAAGAAAGAAGGUAAAGCAACAUCCACGUGCUUUGGAAGUAUGAGGCAGACUGCUUAUAGAGCUGGCUUGUUAGGGCCUUGCUGAGGAAGACCCAGGUAACAAAGAUGGUCAUCUCAAGAGAGAGUGGAGUCACAUCACACAUGGUAGCUUAAAGUUUUAAAAUGGUGUAGAUCCAGUGCAGUGGUUGAGUUUAAUUUGUGAGUCAGUGUGUCAACUGUGAGCACUAAAUGUGAAAUUGCAAUAUUAUUGCAUUGUCAAAAACAAACACGCAAAAAUAUAUCUGCGGUGUGUUUCUUUUAUAGGAUAAGGUAUUCAUUCAGGUCUUCCUAGUCUUAAAAAAUAAGUGCAUUUCUGUUGCAUAAAACAGUUGUUUGUUAAUAAAUGUUUUUAACUGGCAUAGUUUAUGCAUUUAAUUAUCUUUUAAAAGAGGUGACCUUUGCAUAUUAAGAAAUGUACGUUUUUGUUUAAUUCUGAACUGCCAAAAUGCUAUUGUAUCCAAAUAUAGCAGGGACAUGUCCACUAAAUGUAUGGAAAGACAAAGUAUGAAAUGUAUUAUUCAAUACAAUCUCUGGAAUUGGCGAUCCCUUCAACAAUCUCAUCAAAAUAUAUUUAUUUCCUGGAAACUGGAGGGUUUGUUGUAUCAGUCCAUUUUGGUGGUAAUAAGGAAAAUACAACACAUCCUGAGAUUAAAGCACAAGCUUGUUGCAUAACAAAUACGUGCUGAAAAGCUUUUUUGUACGUUAUAUAUGGAACAAAACAGAUUAUGCAUUUAGUUUGUUGUCAUGUAAUUAAGUCCCAACAAAAUAUUUUUGUAUGACCCAACUUAUCUUUGAGGGUGAGACUUAGGCCUUGUCCAGGAGAAAUGUUCCCUCUCUCCUACCGCUUGAAUAUGCUUGGAUAACAGAACCGACCAACGAACCUAUCCCUAAAUUCUCAAUAGAUUUGUGCUUCCUCUGUUAUUUUUUUUGUAAUGCUCCAUCAACAUAUUUGUCUAAUGUUUUAUAAUUUGUGGGGCCAGUACCCAGGUUUUUCCCACUUUUCGACCAAGUCGAUCAUGAGUUUCACCAGACUGUUCAUAAACUUUUGGGGUUGGGACCAUUCAGAAGAUCUGUGAAGGAUCUUUUUAGAGCGAGCCUCAGGUCUUCUCAAUUAAAAUUAUUUUAUUUAAUUUUCUAUGCUAUGCUGUUGCAUUAUAUGGAGUGCACAGAGGGCAACUUAGAGUGGGGUCCGAAAUGAUUGACACCCUUGAUAAAGAUGAGCUGAAAUGACUGUAUAAAAUAAAUAAUUCAAAUACUGAGCUAUAUUGUAUGCUCAACAAAAUGGGGAAAGGAUAUUAUUUUAUACUAAUACAAGAGAAAGAUUUUGUUUUAACAAGUACAUUUCUUUUCUCAAAGGUAGGGAUAAAAAUUAUUGACACCCCUAUUUUCAAUACCUUUUAAUACCUCACCUUGCGAGGAUAACGGC